AUGCGUCUUGCUGAUGCUUCGUUGGCAGCAGCGUGCUUCGUGCAGCUGUUCGCCCCUGCUUGGGGUUGGCCGCAACCUGAUCAAUUGCAAACCGGAUCGCCCGAAAUUGAUAACGGGUUUCCUGGUCCGCCAUUGCAUGUAUAUGCACAGCCUGUCUUGAGGAAGCGUCAAUCGACUGCGGAAACUUCUUCAUCUUCCUCAGAGUCAUCGUCCAGCACAUCAUCAGUAUCCGGAUCCAUGACUUCGAGCAAGAGCAGCAGCUCAACUGGAACCUUCACGAACUCCACAACGUCAAGCACCACGAGCUCUACCACGAGCUCCAGUGUCAGUCCGACUAGCUCCAAGAGCUCUUCUACAAGCUCUUCAUCUAAGAGCUCGACGUCCUCGACAUCCUCAACAGCCUCUUCGACUACUUCAAGCUCAAAAACUGCUUCGGCAUCGCCCACCGUAGUUGCGGGCGUGACCUUCGAGAUCCAGAACAACACAAUCUACAGUGGCACCUUGCUCCAAAUGAUGAGAAAGCGAGCUAUGGCUGGCAGUAUCAACACGUGCUUGAACAAAUGUGCAAGCAACUCGACAUGCCAAGGCACGGCAUACGACAACAUGACGGACAGUUGCACGUACUACAGCUCGGUCGAUCGAAACAGUCAAAUGACCAGGAAUGGCACCACUUUUGCUCUUGUCGAGAACCGUCCUGCCAACAGCACCACGACUUCCUUGUCGUCAACCAUGAGCAAGUCUAUGACCACAUCCACGAACAGUACCUCGAGUCGUUCUAGUACCUCGAGUCACUCUAGUACUUCAAGUCCUUCCAGUACUUCGAGCCACACGUCGACCAUGUCGUCGAACACGACAUCGUCGACUUCAGCCACUCCAACAAUGCCUCUUGGAGCACGUUCUUGCAACCAGAUUGCAGCAAAUGGAAGCACCUUCACUGACGGCAACAACGUCACCUACGCUGUAAUCUGUGCCAAGUCGAAGAAGAGGAUGCUUUUGAACAAGAUCCCCUUGUCUCCCAGACAGAACAGUGAUCUUGGCACCGUCCAAUCAGGCAGCUUCGAAGGUUGUGCCCCUUAUUGUGAUAGCAAUAAGCAGUGUAACUCAUAUAGCUACGACCCGAGUAGCAUGACUUGUUAUCUGAUGAGCACGAGUACCGUGACUCAGCCUAUUGCUGGACGAGACUACGCGUACAAGGUCCAAAGUCAGACGUCUACGAGCUCCAGUUCGACGACCUCGAGCACUUCUACUACGUCCAGUACUUCAUCUUCGUCAACCUCCGACUUCGUUCCUGAUGGUUAUUCCAUUUCGAAGACCACGAUAUGCAGUACUCCAUCGAGCACGUCAUCACCGUGUCCGUCAAGCACAUCGACGCCCUGUUCAUCAUCGACGGGAUGCCCUUCAGCAACGUCGUCGUCUUUUUUAUCCCUUGGUAGCUCGAGCGCCAGCUCGGGCACCCCGUCGUCUACCAGCCCUUCUUCGUCGUCUAGCACCUUGACAUCGUCUCUAUCAACUAGCUCUACACCCUCGACAGUCUCAAGCGUAUCAUCCGCGAGUUCAAGUGCUUCUCCUUCUUCUACAACUCCUAGCACUACCUCGUCUUCGCCAUCCUCAACAUCUGGCUCGUCGACGUCUUCGACUUCUUCACCCUCGCCCGUGGUCAGAGUUGCGACCCAAGUUCGCAUGGUCGCAGCUUCUACCAGGACCAUCGAUAGCGAAGCUCCUGCAGUCCAGACCGAAGUGUCGAUACAAACCAUGGGAGGUGUAGCGACAUCCUAUUCUAUCGUUUCCAACGCCAGUCCGGUCACCGUGAUCGAGACUGCAACAAGCGUGAGCGCCGUCUACACCUCGACCAUGUCAGUGGCGUCCGUGAGUGGCUCGACCGUCACGGCGGUCCAAAGCGUACAAGCCUCGACCGUGACCGUCGGUGCCAUCACCGUGACAUCGGACUUUGUUGUUCCUAGCGGGUAUACCACCGUCACUGCGUCUGGAAGUACAGUCACGGAAAAUGUCGAUAGGACCGUAGCUACAGGUGUGGCCACUGUCACAGCACCUGGCAACACAAUCACCACGACUGAGAAAGAGACCGUGGCUACUGGUGUUGCUACCGUGACCGCGCCUGUGGUUACCGAACGCGGAUCGUCGACGAUAACAUCUGGAAUCAGUACCGUGACCAUGCAAGCUGGUCCUGUGACAUUCAAGACUGUUUAUCGCAGAGACGAGAAGCCUUUGGUUGACGACAAAAUCGAAAAGAAGCAUCCAGCCAAGCAAGAAAAGAAGAAGGAUGGGAGUGCAAGACCUUGGAUUGCCUAUGACGGCAUGAUGGCUGAGAUGUGGAUGUGA